AUGGCGGCGACAUCAUCGUCCUCCGCAAGCCCGGUAGCUGGCCCGUCACAGCCGUCUGUCGGCGCUCAGCAAGUCGGCUUGCCUCCACUCUCCGAUUUGUUUGCUCGAUCUUCCAAGCGAGCAAGGCUCCUCUUCCACAUCGAUGACGAGUAUGAUUCCGACAACUUUGGCGACAUUUCCGCUCUUGAACCAGCCAAGAUCCAUCUUGCUUCCAAGAUCAGCUCCGAGUAUGCGGAUGCCAAGGUUCUUCCCGCCGCCAUCCUUGCCCAGCAACAAGCUGCCGCUGGCCCAAUGCGUCCCGGAGCGACAAAUGCCUCAUCAGCAGCGGCGGUCAGAGCAAGCAAACGGAGAGGAGACGAAACGCACCUUUCGAGACUCAUAGAUCAAAUGGAUGGAGGUGCCUCGUCUUUGACAACAUCGGUCGGGCCCAGCGCUCCUUCUUCGUCCAGCCAAGCUCUUACCAUACGAAGCAAUGGCCAUUCGACCGGCGCAGCAGCAACAUCAUCUUCCUCUCCAAUGUCGUCGGCGCUCGCACUUCACAGAGGCGGUUCGUCGGGCCUACUGUCGCAAGCGCUCAUACAGAAGAAAGAGAUGGCGAAUCGCAAAGCCAAACCCGCCUAUCACCCCAACUGGAAGCUCUCGCGUGUCAUCUCUGGCCACCUCGGGUGGGUGCGCUGCGUCGCUGUAGAGCCGGACAACAAGUGGUUUGCCACGGGUGCUGGUGAUCGCAUGAUCAAGAUCUGGGAUCUCGCAUCGGGCGAGCUCAAACUGUCGCUUACUGGACACAUCUCGACCGUUCGAGGCAUCGCUGUAUCCGCUAGGCAUCCGUACCUCUUCUCGGCGGGCGAAGACAGGGUGAUCAAGUGCUGGGAUUUGGAGACGAAUCGCGUAAUCCGACAGUACCGCGGACACCUCUCCGGUAUCUACUCGUUGGCGCUCCACCCGACGCUAGACGUAGUCGUGACGGGAGGCAGGGACUCGUCAGUCCGGGUCUGGGAUAUGCGCACCAGAGCUGCUAUCCACACGCUGACCGGACAUCGCGGUACUGUCGCCUCGGUUGCCUGUCAAGAUUCGGAGCCGCAGAUCAUCUCUGGCUCUAUGGAUGCCACCGUCAAGCUCUGGGAUCUCGCAGCAGGCAAGUCGAUCACCACGCUCACCCACCACAAGAAGAGUGUCCGCGCACUCGCUAUCCAUCCCACGCAAUACACCUUCGCCUCGGGCAGCGCAGGUGGAAACAACAUCAAAACAUGGAGAUGUCCCGAAGGAACUCUCGUCAACAAUAUGGCCCACGACACAAUCGUCAAUACGCUCAGCGUCAACGCAGACGGUGUGCUGUUCAGUGGAGGAGAUGAUGGAAGUCUCAAGUUCUUUGAUUACGCCACGGGAGUGCCGUUCCAGGUUGCGGAGGAUGUCCCGCAGCCAGGCUCACUGGAUGCAGAGGCAGGCGUGUUCUGCUCGACGUUUGAUCAGACAGGGACGCGCCUCAUCACUGGUGGUGCGGACAAGACGAUCAAGAUCUACAAAGAGGUGUGA